UCUCUGCUCGCCGCCUCUUGCGCUGCUUUCCUCGCGUUCCGCGAGAGAGAGAGAGAGAGAGAGGCGAGAGCGCGAGACUCCAUCGCGUCCAGUGGCGCGGGUCGGCAUGGAGGAUGGCGAGUGCGAUCUGGACGCCGCAGCGAUAGACGAGGAAACCCUAAACUACGACGGCGAUGACAUCGAAAUGGCCGACGCGGACUCGGACGCGGAAGAAACCCUCGCCGUUGAGGUCUCCGCCGCCGCUGGAGGAGGCGGCCGCGGCGGUGGGCAAGCGGACAGGGGCGGACCAGAGGGUAACAAUAAGAGGAAGAAGAAGAGGAAUAAGGGGAGGAAGAGGAACAAGGGGAAGCAAGGCGGGCCGCCCACCAACAUCGCCGACAUUAAUCGAUUUGUUCUUAACACUUGCAAGCGCUUGAAGGAGAAGAAGUCGUACCUUGUCUGGAACACUGUUGGCUGCCUUGGUGUCACUGCUGUCAGUGAUCUUGUCAGAGAGGUUGAGGCUAUUCAGAAGUGUGGUGGGCAAACAACUGCUGAUGGAAGUCGUUUCCGCACUGGUGGCGGAAUUCUCUGGAACAUCUUAAAGUCACGGGAGCCUAAAGCAUACAAGGAAAUAAUGGCGAAGGGGAAGGAACUUGAAAAACAGUUUAGGUAUACGAAAGUCAGACCACAGAUGAGCAGAAAUGAAGAUGCAAGUUCACAGGGCAGUGCAUUAAUUGAUGAUGGAAUCGAAGGGCAAGAACAAAAGGAAGCAUUGGAUGAUCCUGAGCAAUUAGACGAUGUGGAGAGGGUGCCUCCCUCAGAUAAUAAAGCUCAGCAUAAACCACUGGCGGACAGAAUUCGCGUGCCUGUUGCUUAUGAUGAUCUAUUUGAAGAGGGAGAGGUACACGAAGGAGAACCACAAAAUCAAAGCAUUUCAAAGGUUUUGCCUUGACAUGGGUUGUGACUUGUUUGCUCCAAUUCUGCUCAGAAAGCAAUAGCACAGAAUGGAAAGAUGAUAUGUAUUAACGGUCACUGCAGUGAAGCAAAAUUUCCCCUCUAAACAUCAUCUUCUGUGAUCUUGCAGUGAUGCGUGUGAUGGAUGAGUUUUUUGUUACGCGAAGUAAAACUAAUAUUGGGCCUGAAUUUAAUGUUCAAUGAAAGUCGUGGUUAUACAAUUGUUGAUGUAUAA